CUACAAUAGAUGAACAUCAUUAUCGGGUUUCAGUCAAUUCAACCCUCUUCAAUUGUACCUAAUAUACGUGAAAUGAUUUUUUUAUGACAGAUACGAUCUGCUACGAAAUAUUCUGCAAUCCUGUCGAUCAGUAAAGUUCUUGGUUGCGCUUGGCGCAUACCGGUAUCCCUGCGACUUCAAUUCGCCAUGUCGACAGCCGACGUCUUUCUGUCGUCUCCCGCACCCCCUGCGAGGGCCGACCCCUAUGAUUUGUCCUCCUCUCCAGGUCUGCCUUCUAUAAACGAGAUAUUUUCUAGUAAUCCUAAGAAGCCUCCGCUGCGGAGUGGAGGCUAUGCACCGCCGGUACCCGAUGAUGCGCGUACUACAUUUACUAGUGCUGCAAGUCUAUUGCGAGAAGCGUCUGAGAUUGAUAUAGAGACCGAACAGAUCACUAACUCACCACCAUCAAAAUCACGUGCCAGCAAGACCAAGAAAAAGAGAACACCAACACCGGAGACCGUCAAUGCACUCGUAGAGGCGCCUAUUCUAAUCGAGUCAUCACAAGAAAAGCCAUGGCAGAAAUUCAAGAGCAAGAAGUCAACCUCACAGAGCGAGCAGCCGACUAUCUCGAAGGCCCGUGUUACCAAGCAAACGACUAAAGGUAAACAAAAGGAGAAGACGGAUACAGUUUCUAGGCACUUCCCCGCUAAAGAAGGUGUCGGAAAACGGGCGGAUGAGAAAUCGGAUAACGGCAUAAUAGCACAGAAGUUGGAUGACCAGGUCACAAACGAUCUUCACUGCUCGGAACCUGCUUUAAGACGGCGGAGAGAUUGGACCCCUCCGCCCCCAAAUGACCCGAUCAUUCUUGAGUCCGAAUCAGAUAACCAGGAAUUGCACUCGUCACUUGACCGAGGAUCACGGUCAAAGGACGUAUUUGAUACGCUCUUGGAUCAAUAUGGAUGCAAGCAUACUGCAUCAUCUGCUUCAUCGGAGCGAUUACAGCAAUCAGGUACCCUAGAGAAGCGGAAAUCGAUCGAGCCCGUUUCAGUGGGCGUUGAGAUCGGGCAGCGUCCGAAGGAGACACCUCCAGCUAAGGUGGUAAACACCAAGAAGAAGACUAGAACGAUCACGGAACUGGCGACUGCGCCUUAUAUGCCACUAAUGAAUCCUGAACUCGACCUUACAGGCCCAGCCACAAAGGAGUCUCUGCUGAACUAUUUUGAUGAGGAUGGUGUUGUCAAAGCGCUUGUUGAUCAACAGACGAUUGUCAUGACGCAGAAGAAAGGCAAAGCCAAAGAAACUAAAGCGCCAGCAAAGCCUAAGCGCAAGAAGAAAUCUGGUACAAUGGACAAUCCAAUCCUAUUGUCUCCGAACUCCGCAUUGAAGCAGUCCUCUAACCAAGACUUUGUUUUUGGAACAUCAAGCCAAUUAGUUAGAGAAGACUCUCCUACGACUCUUCGAGAUCUUCAAUUGGCGAUACGAGCCUCAAACCAGGUUGAUUCAGAUCCUUUCGCCGAUUCUGAUAGUCAAGGACUCUGGCAUGCUAGCGCAAGAGAUACAGAUGGUGAAUUAAUGAGGAUUGAUGAUGUUGAAUUGGUCAAAGAAUUACCGUCGUUAUCUCGGACCCAAGGACGACAGCAGUACUCGGACGAGGGAUUUGUUGAUAUCAAUGACAUCCUAAAGUCCUCGGAUUUAGAGGAAUCAACAAUUACUCCACCACAGAACUCCCAUCUUGCUGUUUCCAGUGCGCAGCCUCCACAAAUCAAUGGCGAAGAGCCUACAGAGCUUGCAACCGGGACUAGCAACCCGCGUCCAGAUUUUGAGCUUCUCAACGACUCACAGCUUGCGAGCCAGAUCGCAUCUUAUGGAUUCAAACCAGUGAAGAGACGCCAAGCCAUGAUAGCUCUUCUAGACCAAUGUUGGCUUAGCAAGAAUCCUGGAGUUUCCACUGUCCACGCCAAUUUUAUGUCAACCUCGUCCAAUUUAUCUGCCCCCAAGAGGAAGCAGACAACCACUGCCCCACAGCCGGAAAAUCCUCCAAAAAGACGAGGUCGUCCAAGAAAGAACUCAGUAGCUGAAGCUUCAACAUCAAAAGCUACGGUACCAAAAACGACUACCGCAAAGAAGCCCCGCGGGCGUCCAAAGAAAGAUACUCUGAAAGCUAUCGAGAUCGCAGAUUCCGACUUGGACGAAUCCAUCUCGUCGUCUUCAAGGGAAUCGUCUGUAGAACGAGACCGGAUAUUCUCCUCCCCACCGGCGGUGGACCUCUCCCUUUCAGAAGAGGCUGAUCUCUCCUUAACACUAUCACCAACGGAGCAGCAAGCCGGCCUAUUCAGACACAUAACGAAAGCCGUGAUAUCGGCACCGCGCUCGCAGGAUCCAUCACAACCGUCCUGGCAUGAGAAGAUGCUGCUCUAUGACCCGAUCAUCUUGGAGGAUCUGGCUGCUUGGUUGAAUGCCGGGGCGUUGAGCGAGACAGGGUAUGACGGUGAGGUCUCGCCUAUCGAUGUGAAGAAGUGGUGCGAGUCGAAGAGUGUUAUAUGUCUUUGGAGGCAGAAUACGCGCGGCAAGGAGAGGAAGCGGUAUUAAAUUGGAUAAGGGAGAACUUUGGUGGUCUGAGCACUGCUUUUACCAUUAGAAGCGCCUGUACCCAGCUGCUUUUGGUACCCAGUUUAUUCGAAUGAAUGCAGAAGAUUACGAUUUACUUCCUCCCCUCUCGACUAGCGGUUUUACAAGGGCUGCGCUUACUAAGCAUUUUGCACGCACGCUAUUAAACUCUUUGAUGGGAUAUCUAGAAAAAAAGGUGCUCUCAUCAUGUAAAGUCGCUGACCUUCACAGCUUCAAGUACCUAAGGUCUAGGGUCUAGCAAGGGACAGAAAUUAUUCCCAUACCCAGGAGGUCCACCCCAUAAUAGCCAGUGGAAGCAACCCUCGAGACACACAACAUUCUUAUCACUCUAUGUUUACAAAGUAAAUGCAGUCACAUGCCUCUAUGUUUAGCAGUGUAGAUUACAGCUAAUUCCAUUUUAUUUACCUACCUAAGGUACCCAUCGCCGCACCACACCCGACUAUAUCUCAUUCGUAGGGAUCCGAUCUAAUGGCAGAUAUACGACAACGACAUCUUCAUGCGGGUGAAGCCAUUGUCGUAUUGAUUAUGUUGAGGUAUAUUAGGUACAGGGCUAGCAACUGUACUCUGGAUCCCACGAGAUUUAUAUAUAGGGACAGUGUUGUUGAUGGGAUGGCCGUUGAAAACAACCAUAAGAUUGCUGAUUGUGCUUUGGUUCUCCCGAUGUUGAGGUAUGGGGGUGUCCCUAAUGUUAAGUCCGC